GGUGCAACAAUAGAAGAUGAUGGUCCAGAGGAUUUAAGUGAAAAUCUUUCAGAAAUAUUUUCUGUUUGCAUUGAUGUGAUAAAGACAUGCAGUGAGGCAGAGAUUGAAGGUUUCCUCAACAGCUUGUUAUCAUUAAUAUUUGCACUUACCGAAAAACGUGAUGAAGUCAUUUGUGCCUUUUUGGAAUGUUUGGUUGAAAUGACAUAUCAUGCUGAACUAAGACAUAGAUUAAUGAACCUUUUGUUUUGUGGUUUGAACAAGAUGGAUCCAAUAAGAUAUAAUGUGUAUUGCCAUCAGCUAGAGUUAUCUGCCAACUCUGGUGUUCUUGAAUUGGUUAACACAGAUAUUGAUCAAGUGAAAAUCUGGCUAGCUCAAUGGAGUGAUGUGGAGAAAUCUAGAAAAAUUUAUCGCCUGCUUCAUGACUCAUUUGUUGCAAACAAACAAAGGGACAACGCUGCUUUGGUGAUGAUAGAAUUAUUGAAAACAUAUCCUGAGGAUAGCAAUGUAGAAGCAAAGGAUGAUGCAAUAAAAUGUAUUGUAUCUUUUAUUGACCGACCAAAUGUUUGGAUCAUGGACCAUUUGCUAGAACUUGGUCCUGUAAAAAGUCUGAAAGGGGAGUUAAUAUACCAGAUACUAGAAAUAUUUGUGAGUGGUAAUAUUCAGGAUUAUAUGAAGUUUUAUGAAGAUAACUCCAACUUUUUGAUGUCUACAGGUUUGAAUCAUGAAAGAAAUUUAAGAAAAAUGCGAAUUCUCAGUUUUGUCACAUUGGUCAAUGAACAUGGUGAAAUAACAUUUGAAGAAUUAUCCAAAAAGUUGGACAUUAAUGUUGAUGAUGUGGAAAGUUUUGUAAUUAAUGUAUUGAAGACAAGGCUUGCUCAUGUGAGGAUAGAUCAAAUUGAAAAACAAAUUAUUACAAGUUCUGCAGCGCACAGAACAUUCCAAAGGAACCAAUGGAGAAUAUUGCGACAAAAGCUGAAAGAAUGGCAAACAAAUUUACAAUCUGUAGAAAAAACUUUUAGACAUAUAGUCACUGAUGUAUCCUCAUGGUGCAACAGAACUUAA